UCUAGUUUCCUCACAUUUGCCCUAGUCCAAACGCGGUCAAUUAGAUCUUCUUGGAACGUAGCCUACUCAAUCGUAGGUUACCUACCAGUAGUAGAAGUAGGCUAGUCCAUGAACAUGCCUGUUUUUCAGGUGUAGGCUAAUGCCCGAAGACCAAAACUUGUUUUAAGAAAAUUCGACGUGACAUUCACCAUGCAAGCAGUCGAACAUUUUCUGGAAACCCUUCAAAGUUUGGACCAGCGACUACUGUUGUCACUGUCAGCAGUAGGGAUUGGACUUGUAACAUGGUACCUGAUAUUCAAGAAAAAGGUUUCAAAGACCAUUCCCUUGGGUCAGGGUUGGUGGGGGGGAGGUGAGAGAUCACUCAGUGAAGAUGAGACAAUACAUCCUUUCACAGUAGAGGCUUCUGAGGAAGAAAUCGAGGACCUUUAUAGACGUAUUGAUCAAACAAGGUAUACUGAGCCACUGGAAGAUGGCCGCUUCCAUUAUGGCUUCAAUUCUGUUUACCUCAGAAAGGUUGUGUCAUAUUGGAGAAAUCAAUUUGACUGGAAGAAACAGGUGAAGAUGCUGAACAAGUAUCCACAUUUCAAAACCAAAAUAGAAGGACUGGAUAUCCACUUCAUUCGUGUGCGUCCACAGUAUCGUGAAGGACAGAGGGUCUUGCCUCUCAUGCUAGUUCAUGGAUGGCCAGGUUCUUUCUUUGAGUUCUACAAGAUCCUUCCGCUGCUCACAGAGACACGGGAUGGCCUGGCAUUUGAAGUCAUCUGUCCCUCUAUCCCAGGAUACGGCUACUCAGAAGCCCCACAAAAACAGGGAUUUAACUCGAUGGACGCUGCUCGAGUCUUUCUGAAGUUGAUGGAGCGUCUGGGAUUCACAGAGUUCUACCUUCAGGGGGGUGACUGGGGCUCUCUCAUCACAACCAAUAUGUCCCAGAUGAAGCCUGAAUGUGUCAGAGGCCUACACUUGAACAUGCUUGCCAUGGUACGGGGAGGUCUUGGUAUGGUGCUCUCUCUAUUCAUUGGAUCAUACCUGCCUUUCCUGGUUGGCUUCACACGUGAAGAUGUCCGUCGGCUCUUCCCAUACUUUGAAAAGAAUGUGUAUGAGAUGUUGAAGGAGACGGGAUAUAUGCACAUUCAGGCCACUAAGCCAGACACAGCAGGCUGUGGUGUGAACGACUCCCCAGUUGGGCUGGCUGCCUACAUUCUGGAGAAAUUCUCCACUUGGACUGACAAGCAGAACAGAGUUCUAGAGGAUGGGGGCUUGGAGAGGAAAUAUUCCGUGGAUGACCUUCUCACCAAUGUUAUGAUCUACUGGACCACUGGAACUAUUGUCUCCUCAAUGCGCUUCUAUAAAGAGAACCUGAAAUCUAAUCCACUGAAUAGAAUAGAUAGCAGGACUUGCAUUUAUGUGCCGAUGGGAUUUGCUGCUUUCCCCCAAGAGCUGGUACACACCCCCCAGGCCUGGGCCCACUGGAGGUACAAGGACAUCCGUUCCUACUCCUACAUGUCCAGUGGGGGGCACUUCGCUGCCUUUGAGGAGCCCAAGCUGUUGGCAGACGACUUUGUGCAGUUUGUGAAAAAGGUGGAAUGCAAAAAAAUUUGAAUUGUCUACAUACUUGUUCUUAAUGAGCUAGCCAAAACUAGGCUAAAGAGAUUUAUUAUGUAAAAUUGUCAAAUUAAAUACAAAUUAAAUAAAUGUAUUUACUUAUGAUAAUCAAAAUUCACAGAAAGAAAUAUUAACAUGCCAAAUUUUAUUGUAUAUUGAAAAAAAUCUUAGUGUGGACAAGGCAGCUACCAUUCAGUCCUCCUGUAUGAUCAAUGGGUAUUAUACUGUAGCUCAGGAGUGCUGACAUGUGAAACAUUAUGUUUGUUUAUUAAAUUGUAAAACAAAUACCGUGCAGUGAUAAAAUUAUUUACUUAUUUACGAUCAUCAGUGCUUUAAUUAAAUCUGCUUGCUUUUAGUAGAAAACUAAAACCUUUCCAUUCAUA